ACCCCGCGCCCUGCCGCCCGCACCCUUUUGCCCUCCGUUUCCCGCGCCCGCUACUUCCGUCUCAGCGCCCGGCCGCCGCCGCCGCCGCGGCCCAGCGAGCGGCCCAGAUGCAGGCCAUAAAGUGUGUGGUGGUGGGAGACGGAGCUGUAGGUAAAACUUGCCUACUGAUCAGUUACACCACCAAUGCGUUUCCUGGAGAAUACAUCCCCACCGUCUUUGAUAACUAUUCUGCCAAUGUUAUGGUAGAUGGAAAACCAGUGAAUCUGGGCCUGUGGGAUACAGCUGGACAAGAAGAUUACGACAGACUACGCCCCCUCUCCUAUCCGCAAACAGAUGUAUUCUUAAUUUGCUUUUCCCUUGUGAGUCCUGCAUCAUUUGAAAAUGUCCGUGCAAAGUGGUAUCCGGAAGUGCGACACCAUUGUCCCAACACCCCCAUCAUCCUUGUGGGAACGAAACUUGAUCUUAGGGAUGAUAAAGACACGAUCGAGAAGCUGAAGGAGAAGAAGCUGACUCCCAUCACCUACCCUCAGGGGCUAGCCAUGGCUAAGGAGAUUGGUGCUGUAAAAUACCUGGAGUGCUCUGCUCUCACACAGCGAGGUCUCAAGACAGUGUUUGAUGAAGCUAUCCGAGCAGUUCUCUGCCCACCACCCGUCAAGAAGAGGAAGAGAAAAUGCCUGCUGUUGUAAAUGUCCCUCGUUCCUCAUUCUUGGUCCUGUCCCUUGGAAUCUUUGUACGCUUUGCUCAAAAAAAAGUGGAGCCUUCGCACUCAAUGCCAAGUUUUUGUUACAGAUUAAUUUUUCCAUAAAACCAUUUUGAACCAAUCAGUAAUUUUAAGGUUUUGUUUUAAAUGUAAAAGCUCAAACUCCGUUCUAUUAAAAUUUACCCCUAAAAUGACAAACCUUCUUAAAGCCUUAUUUUUCAAAAGCCCCUAUUCUUACUCAGAUUAAGAGUUGCCAAAAUACCUUCUGAACUUAAGUUGUGUUGUGCUGAGAACACUAAGCACGAAACUGCUGAAAGACCCUUCCUUGUCUUUACGAAGACUGCAGCUCCUGGCGGCAGGAGGCGAGCACUGUCCGGGUAAUUUUCAGAGGUGUGGAGCAGCUGGCCUCCUUGACGAAAUGUUGCCAUGUAACUCGGCAGUAACUUCCCGGCCUGCCCAGCCGGUGCUCAUUACCU